AAUUUGAACUUUUGAAUCCUUCCCACUCAGACACAGGCUGCCCGCUGCCGGUAAGUUAGAUUCCCCAACACUGUUAAUGGUUGUGCUUGUGUUUGGUUUUGUCGGCAAAUGGUGUACCGGUUGUCGUUAUUUUUUAAUUGAACAAUUAUACAAUAACUCAUACUGGAAUGAGUCAAAAGGUGGUGACACGCUCCAAAAAGCAAUCAGAAGAUGAAGCCAAUGGCGAGUUCAAAACGCCAGAUAAUUGUAAAACCAAAGAGGAAGGCACCAAGAGCAUGAAAAGUAAGAAUGAAACCGCCAAAAGUGAGGGUGAGGAUGGGAAGAAGGGAGCAGUGAAAGAUUCUGAUCAGCUCAAUGGUGACAGUAGUGAGUCAACUGCCACCAAACGGUCCAUACACAAACGCAGUCGAUCGAACACACCAUCAAUAAAAAAUGACAAUGCGAAAGACGAAGAGGAUCCAAAAGAAAAUACUGAAGAAAAAGAAAUCAAAAAGGACAAUGACACUUCUCCAGCUGAAGCGGGAAAAGAAUCAGACAUUAUACUAAAAGACGUCGUAAUCAAUAUUCAAACCCUCCAAACCGAAAAAUACGAGCCCAAAAAUUCCCGACCAUCCUCGCCGAGCACAUCUGUCGAAAUGGACCCGCUCAUUUUGGAAAAGGAGGACGAAGAACCCAUACCUGAACUUCAAUUCGACGAGAAUGACAUCGAAGUGGAGUCGGAGGGUUCGAAUAGUCGAUGUAAAACGCGUAGAUCGCACUCACGUAACGUCUCCACCCCGAAGACCCCCAAAAUUGCGGACCAAGAAGCGGAGGAGCUCGAAAUUGUCGACCUGUCUUGCGAUUCGCGAGGGGGCAGCGUUACACCAAAGAAAAUGGCGUCGUCGAACGAUCCCAACAUAAUUAACAUAAAUCUACAACCUCCCGAGGAAACGAUCGAUUUGAACGAUACGUCGGACACUUACUCAUCGGUGUCGACCGAUAAUCUUAGUACAAAAGCGGUGGUGGGCAACGACGCGACGAGGAAUUUCGAUUUUACCGGCCAAGAUUCGAGCAUAUUCGACACCACCACCAAUUCGACUUUCUCCAAUCGCAGUUAUGCCGAUACCGUCAAAAGUUUGUCGGGCAGACGCGGUAUCCAUUCUGCAGCUUGCGACAAUUACAGAAAGUACGUCUUAAAGAAUACAGUUGACGGAAAAGGGGAUAUUUACUCCGACUACGAAUCAGUACAAAAAAUUACGAUGGGAAUGAAGAGAAAAUCGCGCAGUUUCUCACCGACGCCCUCCAAGCGUGUCAAAUCGGACUCGCCCGGUCUUUUCUCGUAUUUGUCCAGUCCCAUCACUAACUUUCGACAGACUUUCAAAAAAAGCAGCACACCUCAACUCGUUAUGGUCGAGAAGUGCGACUUUGAUACGGACGGCGAUUUUGAUAAGAUUAAGUUGGAGAACGGCAUGGGUGACGGUAAAAAACGAUGCAACAUCAUGUAAGGAAGGAGGUAUUAAGUAGAUUUGGUAGACAUAGCAGAUACGUACCAAGUUUUCAUUUUAAAAUCAAUUUUAUACUUAAUGUGUACAAAGGUAUAUUUUGACAGUAUUUGAUUAAAUUUGUACAGAUUUUGAGUAAAUUGGCAAAGGGAGUGAUAAAUUUUAUUCUCUUACUCGAAGUUAUGGAAUACUCAUGUAAAGCAAUAUGGGUUUGUAGGAUCGUGGACUUGAUUGUACCCCAUUUUCAAUUGUGUGCCGUAUAAAUGUUUGAUUUAGUAUUGAAUUGACUGCUGUAUUUCAAAGUUUAUUCGUUUAUAAGUCGUAUAUACAAACAUUAUUAUUACAAAUAUGUAUUAUUAUCAUUGUCGAAAACUUGAUUGUUUAGUUUUAAUUGAUAGACAACCCUCAUUAAUUAUAUUAUGUAUUUGUG